GCCCAGGAAUAUUUUAAAAUUAUACUUCUUUAGGACUUCCAUUGAGGAGUCAUCCAGAGAAAGAAACGCUAGGAUGCCCUUAUCGUCUGCCUUCUCAUGGAGGACCCUCCAGUGAGUUGGGUUCAGCUCAUGGUUUUGCCAACACAGCAUCCCUAGUGCUAGCUUGGUGGAUUUCGCUAGAUUCUUAGGGAUGAAGGUUGACACAGUCCAUGGCUUAGGCAAUUCGUUUUCCAGAAGUAUAGAAAGCUGUGCCUCAGGCCAUGGUUUGCAGGUUCUGACUGUUUCCACAAGCCAGUCCUGGCUUUCCUUGUCUACACAAGUAAUCAGGAUCCAGCCAGGCUUGUGGGAGAAGCCAAGAAACCUGGGUCCCUUGCCCAUGUUUUCGACGUUUAUGGUGCGACAUGUUUGAUACAUGACCUCCAUAAGUGCCGAACGGACAAGGUCCAUUUGCUCCGUCGUCAUAGGUUCCGAGUUACGAAUCCCCACACGAAGAGCUCCUGUAAUGUCCCGAUAGCUGGCGGCCGGUUUAGUGCGUCCGUCAGGCGUCGUUGACAUUUUUUGUGCCUUGGGUGGGUUUGCCUUUGGAGAUUCCUCCUCCGAUCUGCCGCGUUUGCGGCUUUCGUUGGAGGCUAUUGGUUUCUCCACAGGUAAUUCCGCCCAGGGCUUGCGGCAUAGGGUGAGGGCUUCAUUGUAUUCUAGCCCCCCAUCCUUUACAAGCCGGUGAAGGCGCUUGCGCGCAGCACCACAGAGUUUUUUGCGUCUAGCGCCUUGGCUUUGUGGUUUUGUCUCGCACACAAGGGGUGUUUCCAUAGGCGUUUCGGAGGCGAUGACGUCUCCGCCGACCUUCUGGCCACUCCCGAAAGUGAACGAGCUAGUUCCAGGCUCUGCAGAGUCUACGACAGGCCUCUGCGCCUUAGAGUUGGUGCCACAAGAUGUGGCAAAAGAAACUUGUAGAUUUGAAUUCUCCAGCAAGUCCCACGAGUAGCAAGGGAAAUAAGCGGUCACAGACAGCAGAGCCCCGCUUGCCGCCUGAAGGGCAUGAUACUACCUCGAUUUGCCCUGGUGUCGAGGAGACUCCGUUAAGGACUGAGCACCCCCUCAGCCAUGCAUCCUUCGGCACGAUCUUUACACUUGUGGGCAAAAUUGCUCCAUGCUACUGAAACACAAGAAGAUUUUGCAGUCACAUCAUGCUAUAGAAAUGAAAUUAUUGGAUUUCAACUUCUAAGGAGUGGCGUGAUUGGUGUUCACCAAAGAUACAGCAUAGUCUAUUAUAACUUGAAAACUCUAAAAAAAGCCACAGACAGGGAGCCAAUAUUAGGUGAAUACUAUCGAUAUGUUGAAAACGAUGAAACAAUAGUUCUAAUGGGACGGAAUCUUUUCAUUAUUCGCAAAGUCCUUAGAAGCGCACAAUAUGCAAUGCAAACAAUAUUUGCAUGUAUCAAAAACUUUAUUUUAAAGCCUGAUGAGUUAUAUUUGGUUACAAUGGAUGAUAGAAUAUUUGUCUGCGAUUUAUUAGAGGAAAAGUUAAAUUGCACUUUGGUGAUGGCAAUGCCAGCCAACGUAAAGUGUCUAGAAUGUGUGAAUGGACGUCUAAGUGUGCUGACAGCAGAUGACCGUAUUUUCAUUAUUUCAAACAAUAGAGUAAUUUCUCAAUUUAAUUUGCAUGACAAAUGCAAUGCACUGGAUAUGUUAAGACAGUAUAAUUUAUUAAAUCAUCCGUAUUGGUGUAACUCUGCAUGGUAUGUAGAGUGGGAUCUGAAAGUGGUUAAAAUAUAUGGGGACAUGGUCUUUGUAGGCACACGCUUUGGCGUUCUUAAGAUAUACCAUUACCCUUAUGUAAAUAAUGAAUUGAACUUGGACAUCUCAAAGCCAAUAAAGCAAUAUGAAGUACAUGAAACACCCUUUUCUCCACAAUGCCAUGACAAAAAUCAAAUUAUACACAUCGAUAUUGUAGAGGAGUGCGAUGGUCACAAAGUUUUCGUUGGUACACUAGAAAAGAUUGUGGUUAUUAAAUUUUCUCAUAAAAACCAUUGUACCAACCAAUGUAUCACAUGAUCAAAAUUAAUUUGUUGAAGAUGAUGAAUGGUGUGUUGGAAUAAUUUUUUACAUUUUAUGUCUCAUGAAUCAGUAUAAAAUUUAAUAUAACUAAUUAUAUGCCUACCUUCUUUGAUAUAGUUUGAAUUAAUGUAAUAAAUUAAUCAUUAUUAACCGACUUCCAUAUUUUUGAUAUGAUUUCAGUUUCAUAACGUUUUUUUCUGUUGUCAAAAUAAUCUAGAAAAAAGCAGGCUUCAAAAAAAAAGAUAAGUGGACCAGGGAUGUAACAGAGUGGUAUCCUAGGACAGGAAAAAGGAAAAGAGGUUGCCCCUGCCAAAGAUGGGAGGUUGACCUCAGACAGACAGCAGGAAGCACAUGGAGAAGGAAAGCAAGAGACAUUCAUGGAAGUGUCUGGAGGAGGCCUAUGCCCGAAGGCAAGCCGAAGAAAGUACAAUCAGUGUCAAAGAUAUAUUACAAUAAUAUUAUGUAAAAAAAAAUCAUUGAAUAAAGGCUUUUAUUGUUAUUACUAGCGGACGCCCGCGACUUCGUCCGCCCUUAGACCUCUUUAAUCCAGCCUUAACAGAAAGUCCGUUCUUAGAGUGGAUCAUCAUCAUCAUCAACCCAUAUUCGGCUCACUGCUGAGCUCGAGUCUCCUCUAAGAAUGAGAGGGGUUAGGCCAAUAGUCCACCACGCUGGCCCAAUGCAGAUUGGCAGAUUUCACACACGCAGAGAAUUGAGAAAAUUCACUGGUAUGCAGGUUUCCUCACGAUGUUUUUCCUUCACUGUUCGAGACACGUGACCUUAAAUUUCUCAAAAUGCACACAACUGAAAAGUUGGACGUGCAUGCCCUGGGCCGGAUUCGAACCCAUGCCCCCAGGAAUGGGAGGAAGAGUCCACUGGGCUAUCACGGCUCAUUCUCUUAGUGGAUACCUCCUUGCCUUGUUUAUGAAUUAUUGUGCAUAUAUACAUAUUUUUUUUUAUUGAUAAUUAUUGUUUAUUUUUAUUUUAUGUUUAAUUAUUAUAUUAAUUUACGUAAUUGUUGUUAGUGUUAAAUUUUGAAAUACAAAUUAUAAAAAAAGUUUGUAUAUGUGGAUGUCAAGGAGACGAAUUACUUUUUUUUUUAUGGGAUCACCUGCUUCACCACGCUGCUUGUAAAUAUUCACUCUGUAUGAUCUUUACUCUGUGUUUACACCGAAAUACACCAUUAAUAUGAAAACAG